AUGUUAGCGCCAAGAGAUUUCAGACUUAGAAUCAAGACCAAUAAUUAUAUUUGCAAUCUAGAGGCGUGUCUUACCAACGCUGCCUUGUUCCAUCCGGCACCGCUGAUCAUGUCAGAGACAGUGUACGACUGCUUGGAGCAGAUGGUGAAGAAACAGAAGAAGGAGCAGGUUCCACCAGCAGCCAAGCCUCAGAACAAGAGGCCCUCAACGAGUAAACCACCCAAGAAAUCAAACUCCAGCAAUGCAGUCGCCCCUCCGACGCACAAGAACCUCGAGGAAGCCUUCAAAGCUCUGGAUGUCUGGGAGCUGAAGCAGCACCUGGCUCACAGUCAGACUCUGUUCCCAGACAAUCCAUCCAUCUGGGUAGAAGACCUGGCCGAGUACCUCAACCUCAAUCUGAGUGUGCCGGAGACAGAGCCCACCCACUGCAGCUGCGCUCACGACUACCCAUACUGCUUCACAGGGCAGGAGCUGAGGGAUGUGAUCGAAGGCCUCAUCAGAAGCUGCAGCGACGUUCUGCCACGUUUCUUCGACCACUGUGUUUACGCCAUGCUCACAAGGCUGGACAGGCAGUCAGGGGAACCACUUCAUGGCUACAGAAUUUGCAUCCAGGCAAUUUUAAAGAACCAACCCACAAUAGCCACCCGAAAUCUGCCAGAUUAUUUGGAGUUACUGCGGUCGGUUCAGAAUCGCCCAGUGAAGUGUUUGACUAUCAUGUGGGCUCUGGGACAAGCAGUAUUGUAUGACCUCAGCCACGGACUAAGAGUGUGGUUGGGCAUCAUGCUUCCUGUGCUUGGAGUGAAAUCCUUGUCUGCGUAUGCCAUUGCCUAUCUGGAUCUACUUCUCCUACUUCAUCCAAACCUGAGAAUGGGAUUUGGCAUCAUGGGACCUAAAGAGUUCUUUCCUUUGCUGGAUUUCGCCUUCAUGCCCAAGAAUGCCCUGUCAUCAAGUCUGCAGGGGCAGCUGAGGCGUCUGUAUCCUCGACUCAAAAUCCUUGCGUUCGGAGCCAAACCGAAGAGCACGCUACACGAGUACCUGCCGUCCUUUCUGUCCAGAGCCACGUCACACUGUCCUGACGCCAUGAAGAGAGAGCUGCUCAGAAGUAUGACCAAGUGUUUGUGUGUGGACAAACUAAGUCUUGAAGUAUGGAGGGAGCUCUAUUCCAAACACUUACACCAGUCCAGUCUGCUGUUGAAUCAUUUGUUGAAGUCCUGGAAAGAUCUGCCACCAAAACUGCAGAAGAACCUUGAAGUAACAAUCCAGUCGUUCCAAGUGAGCAAUGAGAUGUUGAGAGACACCUAUGAGACUCCAGAGCUACACGAGUGCAUUAAACUGUGUCAGAACCUGCAGGUGAAGAUGAGUGGUCGCGGGUUCCCCUGGUCCAAGCUGCUCAUGGUUCUUCUGUUUGUGAAUCUUGCCGUCAUCCUGGCACACAACGUCAUACCUCCCGGCUCCUUCACAGAUUCCAGCACGGCGAAGUAUCUGCACGAUUCAGGGGUCACGGCCGUAUUUCAGCAGGCCUGGGGCAAAAUAACAGUCUAUUCAAAACAGGGCUUCAGCUUUUUCUUUAGCUGGGUAGCGACAAACACCCCUUAUGAUUACUCUGAGCGUGUCCUGGGGCCACUUAUAACCCAGGCCAUGGAGAAGUCAAAAGCAGCAUCCAUUGAAUGGGUCUACACCAACACUCCAGACACUGUGUUCCAGGUGUUGUUGUAUGUGAUGGAGCUGCACCACCUCCUCCAUCUCAACUACAUCCUGCCAGCUCUGGCUUUUUUGUCCUUGAUUUAUAAGGGUUAUGUGACCUGUCGGCAGGGCCACGCCGUGACCUUCGCCUCUUCAACGUGGCAGCUGCUCCAACACUGGACUUCCUCCAUCAAGACGUGGGCGCAGGAGCUGCUGACUAACUUGUACACACAAUAAAAAGCACAAGAGGGCUGUCCCUCAGUACACAGGUUCCUCUCUGAAGCCAUCACCGGAUUAGACCAAACCAGCGCUCUCUCAGCAGGAGCCGUCUUCUGUCUCUUGUUUCGGCAAAAUGUUAUCAAAUCAGUUUGCUGAUGUAUAGAGGUUUGUUUUCUACCGAUCCUUUUUGUCACUGCUGGAUGCUGAGGUCGUUUCUUUCUCUCUUUCUUUCUUUCUCUCUUUCUCUCUUUGUCUCUUUUUCUCUUUCUCUCUUUCUCUCUUUCUCUCUUUCUCUCUUUCUCACUCUC